AAAAUGCAGCAGCUUUUCACUGAACUUAAUCCAAUCGUUUCCCGAUGAUUGUAGCUUCUCCACCUCCGGCUAGAGCUUUCUACCUCAGAACGAGUUCCGGCGGCGGCGGCGGCUCACGCCUCGUUAUCUGAUUUCUGCGGGCGAAAGUAUCUCAGGCGAUCAUGAUUAGGGCUAAAAGUCCGGUCUCUGUUAUCCUCUUUACAAUCAUCGUGCUCUGUUCCUUCUGCCCUAGAAUUUGCAGGGCACAGGGCAACAGUACUUGCGAAAUUGGAAGGUGUGGGGCGUUUGGGAGCUGCAACGCGCAGGAUUCGCCAAUUUGUACUUGUUUGCAAGGGUUUUACCCGCGGGAAAAUCAGGAAUGGGGGUCUGGGAACUGGACCGGUGGGUGUUUGAGGAGGGUUCCGUUGAGCUGUGAAUCGAAUAAUGGUACAACCAAUGGCGGCGGAGGAGCGGAUGGGUUUUUGAAGCUUCAGAUGAUGAAGCUCUCCGGCUAUUCGGACCGGUGGGUUGGCCCGGCGAGUCAGUGCGAAGGUCGAUGCUUGACGAAUUGCUCGUGCAUAGCAUAUGGGUUCGACACUGGCAUCGGAUGUAUGUUCUGGAGAGGAACCUUAAUCGACGUUCAGAAAUUUUCCAGCGGCUCUGGCUCAGAUUUUUAUAUUCGUGUGGCGAAUUCUGAAUUAGAGAGUAAGAAAAGCUCCAAGAAGAUCGUAAUAAUUCUGGUUGUAGUUGGCUUAGUUCUGCUAUUAGUUUGCUCGUAUUUUUCGUGGAGAUGGAUGGCUAAGCGCAGAGUCAAGAAAAGAGCAAGUAAGAUUGCAAUGACGGGUGCAUCAGGUUCAGUCGAUCCCGCUCUUCAAAUUACAUUAAGUCAAGUUAAUCUCGAAGAGUUGCCGUUGUUUAAACUCGAGAUCCUUGUAAACGCCACCGGCAAUUUCUCCGAGCCUAACGAGCUUGGGAAGGGGGGUUUCGGACCUGUUUACAAAGGAGACUUGGGUGAUGGAAGACAAAUUGCAGUUAAGAGGCUUUCGAAAGCAUCUGGACAAGGGAUGCAAGAAUUUACGAACGAAGUGGUGCUAAUUUCUAAACUCCAACACAGGAAUCUUGUUAGACUACUUGGCUGCUGUGUGGAGAGCAAAGAGACGAUGCUGGUAUACGAAUACAUGCCUAAUAAAAGCUUGGACUUUUACCUAUUCGAUCCAUCACAGGAAAUCCUCGAUUGGAGAAAGCGUUUCAACAUUAUUGAAGGUAUAUGUCGAGGUCUCCUUUAUCUCCACAGAGACUCCAGAUUGAAGAUAAUCCAUAGAGAUCUCAAGCCGAGUAACAUAUUACUCGAUAAUGAUUGGAACCCUAAAAUAUCGGACUUUGGCAUGGCCAGAAUAUAUGGAACUAAGCAAGAUCAUGUCAGCACUGUAAGAGUCGUCGGAACAUAUGGAUAUAUGGCUCCGGAAUAUGCAAUGGAAGGAAGAUUUUCGGAGAAAUCCGAUGUGUUUAGCUUCGGAGUUUUAAUGCUAGAGAUUGCAACUGGGAGAAGGAACACGAGUUUCCUCUAUCAAGAAGGCUCUUUGAACCUCUUGGGACAUGUAUGGAAACUGUGGAACGAAGACAAAAUUGGGGCUUUGAUAGAUCCGAGGAUAUCAAGUUCGGGAUACUCGUCAGAAAUUAUGAGGUGCAUGCAUAUCGGGUUAUUGUGCGUGCAAGAACUUCCGAAAGACAGGCCUUCGGUUUCGGCAGUGCUGUCAAUGCUGAGCAGUGAAACUGUAGAGCUGUAUGAGCCAAAGCAAGCUGCGUUUUCUGUGAAGUCGGUUAGGUCGGAAACGGCCGGUACGGGUUCUUCCCAGCAGAGCCAAAGCAGUUGCUCGACGAAUAAUGUUACUAUAACCAUGGUUGAUGGUCGGUGAUCAUGCUGCUACGGUGCGGUAGAAUCUCUGCUACAUGUAAAAGAAGAAAAUCUAUAGUGAAUUGAAUUAGGUGUGAAGUAAUAUUGAAACAGCAACAGGUGACAUUCAAUGUUAAUUUUAAUUUUAAUUUUUUUUCUGGUAGCAUGCAUGUGCAAUGUUAUUCAGUACAUUAAAUCUGAAUUGCAGUAUCAAUUUGUACAAUCUCAUUCCACCGGUCACUGCCAGCUUGGCACUUCUGCAUUUAUUCUUCUUAAGUAUAACAGAACUACCACUUGUCUGUACACAUAUGGAUUCCCUGGAAUGCAAACAUUAGUUCAUAUUUUUAGAGAAUUUAUGUUUUUAAGUAAA